AGCUCUCUACUGCCUCAGGUUCUGAGGCUUUCUGUCAGUGUGUUCCUUCAGCUGUCUUGAGCCGAAAGCAGUCAAAGAGUAAUGGGAAACUGGCUGCUUUGACUGACUUUUCAAGCCAUCUAGAGCUCGGAGAAAGUAAAUGGACCUUCAGAGAGUGACGUUUAGGUCUUUGAGCAAAAUUCAUGCUUUAGUAACAGAGCAAAGAAAGGAAUGGGCAACACAGGACACAAAACACUGCCAGAUGUAAGCCAUCAAGCCAGGACUGUGCCUACAAGACAAUAUUACACACUACCAAACACCGGCCAUGAGAGGAGAUCCCUGUUUGCCCUAGCAGAACCACCUCGUUUCCACUCUCAGGCCAGGGGCAGGAACAUUCGCUUAGACCACCACUUUCGAAAGGCCUCCCGCAAGAACAGCUUCUGCAAUGGAAUCACAUUUACCAACCGACCUGUCCACCUGUAUGAAAAAGUCCGUUUGAAGCUGUCAUCUGUCCACCAUGGCUGGAGUGGAGCCUUACGUUUUGGCUUCACUCUACAUGACCCUUCACAAAUGAGCCCAGAUGACAUUCCCAAAUAUGCCUGCCCUGAUCUAGUGACCAGACCAGGAUACUGGGCCAAAGCCCUGCCAGAAAGAUACGCACUGAAGGACAAUGUGUUGGCAUUUUGGGUUGACAGACAAGGGAGAGUAUUUUACAGCAUUAAUGAUGAGGAACCUAUCUUGUUUCAUUGUGGGGUGAAGGUCUCAGGACCCUUCUGGGGAUUAAUAGAUGUUUACGGAAUCACACAAGAAGUACAAAUGUUAGAUAGCACAUUUGCUGAGACAAUAUCAACCGCCCGACUCAGCACAGUACGACUCAGCACUUGCCUUCCUCAGAGUAACCAUGAUUCUGCAAACUUCAACAAUAAUGAGCUGGAAAAUAGCCAGGUAGUUUCAAAAAUUGCCAAUUUAAACCUGGCAAGGGUUCCAGGACUAUCUGUGGACAAUCAUACAAUGCCAUGCUGCUCAAACAGACGUCAGAGGCCCCAGGGCAUCCCCAACUUUUUGGAUACAGACCUUCAUUUCCAUCAUACCAGAGGCCCUGAUAUUACUCUCUCUCAGGACAAAAUGGCAGCCUGCACCAAUUGGCAAGAAAGCAAUAGGACUUUGGUGUUUUCUGAUCGGCCUUUGCAUAUUGGGGAAACCCUCUUUGUGGAGGUGGGACAUUUAGGGCUGCCUUACUAUGGUUCCUUACUUUUUGGCAUUACAUCUUGUGAUCCAGGAAUUUUACGAAUAACUGAUCUACCAGCUGAUCCAGAGUUCUUAUUGGACAGAAAGGAAUACUGGGUUGUUUAUAGGGGAUUCCCUGUUCUGAACAAUGGUGACAUCCUCAGUUUCACAGUUCUGUCAAAUGGUGAAGUUCACCACGGGGUAAAUGGUAUUAACCGUGGAAUGCUGAUGUGCGUAGAUACCUCACAGUCACUUUGGGUAUUCUUCAGUAUCCAUGGGGUGGUGAAUCAACUGAAGAUACAUGGCACAGUGCAGUCUAACCCCAUGAGCAGCUCUCCUACAGGGUCACCUGGAGGUUCACAGUAUGACAGUGAUUCUGAUAUGGCCUUCAGUGUUAACCGCUCUUCUUCAGCCUCAGAGUCUUCACUUGUGACUGCUCCAAGCUCUCCCCUGACGCCUGUGUCACCUGUUUUUCCUCCACCUGAACCACCAAGCAGAAAGAACAGUGAAUGUACCGUCUGCUUUGAUAAUGAAGUGGACACCGUAAUUUAUACUUGUGGACAUAUGUGCCUCUGCAACAGCUGUGGUCUGAGGUUAAAGAGGCAGGUUAAUGCCUGUUGUCCAAUCUGCCGACGGGUAAUCAAAGAUGUUAUCAAGAUAUAUCGACCAUAAUCUCCAACAAAGGACUCUGACAUUCUGCCUUCAUUUCUCAUUCUCCCUGCAGAUGUUUCAUAUAAGAUCUUACAUGUUUUUGUAUUUUUGUUUGAUAUUAGGGUUAUUAUUAAAGUAUAGAAUAUAAAUCAGGGUUUAUUCUGAGUGUGAGAGAGCCUUAAAGCAGAUGGCCAUAUCAGUAAAUGUGCUACUAAUGUUUUAAGUGUGAUAUAUUGGAUUUGCUGUGUAAUGUACAUAAUGUGUCUGUCUUUUAUAAAGUCUCUGGGUACAGUAAGUUACAUGGAGCUGAUCUUCAAAUGUUAUGAAUGUAACAGAGCCAUAUGCUGAUUGAUACAACUUAAACCAAUUCUGCCUCUGCAGAAUGUAGUCCUUCUACUAAAGAAGAAGUGACUUUCUGUUCUACACACACUUUUGCAUUAAUUGAAAGAAAUAAACCAUAGCCUGGCAGGAGUGUGCAUAGUUUCAGGAUAUACAGUUUCAGCCAUGAGAUCCUUUUGAUCAAAGUAUAGGAUCCAGGUGUCUGUAAAACCUGCAUCUUAGUAUUGAAUAUGUGAGAAAAAUUAAAUUUAAAUGCAGAUUAGAUGGAAAACUCAACAGGAAAGAAGACAUGAAGACAUAGCACUGACCCACUGUGCUUAGGAAACAAGCUGCUUCAUAGUUAAAUAUAAAUCACCCUUCAAAAAGUUUUUUUUUUU